AUGACUGUGAUUCCAGAAGCUUAUACACCUCCACUACGAUUCAACCUCGUACAGCCCAACCUAUAUCGUGGUGCGUAUCCUCGAAAACCAAAUUUCAAGUUCUUAGAAACACUCAAACUCAAGACGAUAAUUUCAUUGAUUCCAGAGCCAAUCACCUUGGAAACGGAUCCUGAUUUGUAUCGAUGGGCACAAGACCACCGUAUCCGUUUAGUGCACUUGGAAUGCGCCUCUGGCGGUAAAGGAAAGAAGCGGUCAGUACCUUUGGACUAUGACCUAGCAAUAGCGGCACUCGAUUUAAUGGUGCAUGAAAAGCAUCUGCCGGUGUUUGUGCAUUGCUUGAAUGGCGGACAAAUUACAAGCCUACUAGUUGCGUGCUUGAGAAAACUACAAUUUUGGUCAGCGAUUUCAAUUUUUAAUGAGUUUAUCAAUUUCACAACCAACAUUACUGUAAAUGAUCGAUUGUUUGUCACAAAUUUUCAUGGAACUGUGAAGAUAUUUCCCAAGGAUAAAGUUCCCUGGCUUUGGGUUGGAGUGAGCAAGCACUUGGUGAUGAAUCAUCCCAAGUUGAAGGUGGUAGAGAUUGCUGAGGAUAGGGUAGACUUGUAUUAG